AUGGAUUCAAGGGGCCCUCAAAGAGCGGGGGCCCCUGUAAACCCAACUACCAUUACAUCAACAAUAGCAGACGUUGAUAAAUCCUUACUGGACACUGUUGUUGAUGACAAUUGGCAUGGGGUUGGUAGUACAGUUAAAAAUAACAAUCGUUUGCUGUUUCUCACAGUCGAAUAUGUGGACGAUAAUCAGUCGCGAGACUAUUCAAAAGUGUUUUCACCAUAUGAGCAGGUGUCUUUUUAUUCACCGAGAGCUCCGUCACCGCUCUCGGAUUUCGAGCACAGUCAAGUGAGCCCGCUGGACCCAAAUAUGAGUUCAACUGCAAGAUACUCACCUACGCCAGUACCGCAGCUUCCAUCUCUAUCAUUUCCAAACUCCGUAGUUGUUCUUCCUGAUCCACCUUCCCCACUUAUUAUACCAAGCGAUGGUCAUGCUAGGACCAAUAUAAAUAACUAUAUUUCUAGUCACAAUAAUACUAUUCAAAAUGUAGUACAAUCCGCUGACAAUACAACCAUUGAUUUUGUCAACACUGAUGUUCAUGAAGAAACUCUGGUAACUAGUGUUAAUGGAGAGUUGAUUUUAAUGCAAGGGACUAAUGUUGAAUUAGAGUCUACGUCAUCGUCUUCGUCCUCAAGAUCUGCCGACACUGCUGCAGCCGGUCCAUUGAUGCUUGCGGAAAUUCCUGAGACUGAGUUCACUUUGACGAGAGACUUUUUGGUGAUGCACGACGAGGAUCAAUUAAAUGUUGUUAAUUCAUUGGUUAGUCAAAGUGGAGGAAUAAAAGAGGAGCAGAUAAUUAUUGGUGAUCAUAUGAUAGGCGAACAUCAAACAAAAUUGCUGGAAUUUAAUAAUGACGAUCCAAUAAUCUCAAAGGAACAAAUUAUAGGGAAAAUUUUAAAGAAUAAUAUCGAGUCUGCAAAAAUAAUUCCGAGUGUUCCAGCUUCUGGUAAAAUAAUACUGAGGAAAAAUAAAAAACAAAUUCGUAAUAAAACAACAUCAGACUAUGAAGAGUGUAUCUCCCCGGGUUGCCUAAAAUCUGGUGAAUGUACUUGUCGAAAUGUUCGUACAAUUUCUGAUCAACCUGUACCAUCAAGAGCGGUAGCGACUUUACCUGGGUCUUAUCUUGCAAUAAAUAAAUUGCCAUCAACUCCAGUUAUUGGUGAACCCAUCGGCUAUUGCAAUUACGGAGUAUUUGCUAAAAGGAAUAUUCGGCAACGUACUCAGUUUGGGCCUAUAGAAGGAGUCCUGUAUCCUUACAACGGAGAGUCUUUUAAAAAUGAUCAAUUACCUUUGCUUUAUGAGACAAAUGAAGGAGAUUUACUAAAAGUUGACGUAUCAGACGAAAAUACUUCUAAUUGGAUGCGAUUUGUUAGACCGGCUUUAACUUAUAAUGAACAAAAUUUAGUUAUUUGUCAGCAAGCUGACGGAAUUUUCUUUCUCACUACUCGUAAUAUUUUAUCAAAAGAGGAAUUGAAAGCGGGUCCAAGUUCACAGUAUGCUUCGCGUCGUGGUUUAACUAUACUUGAAUCUGAUUCGUCGUUGAAAGAUAAAGAAAUACCUUAUGAUGAUGAUAAUAAUAUUAAUGAGUGGCAGUUUUCAAAUGCCUGUGAAGAACCUUUUAAACCCACUGAAAAAUUUGAGUCUUUAGACAUUCAAUACAAUGAAAAUGGAGCGGAUAACAAACCAGAUUCUGAGCAAAAUAAAUCAAAUUCACCGACAAACAACAAAAAAUUAUUAAAAGUUGUUGAUGGUCAAACAGUACUGUAUUCUUGUCCACAGUGCACAAAAGUAUUUCCUCGAAGCUACAGUUUAAAGCGUCAUAUGCACAUGCAUCUUAGUUCUAAAACUCCGCAAAAGUAUGAAUGUUUAACAUGUGGUGAAAAUUUUCUUCAUCCUUACAACCGAAGUCGACACAUGAAAAUAUUUCACAAUGACGAAACGCGAGAGAAAGAAAAUACUUGCGAGAGUUCCAGUGAAUAUAAAUGUAAAUCUUGUAAUUUGACUUUUAAAAAAUUGUCUCUGUUAAAUAUUCAUAAAUUAAUACACAAGGAGGAUCCAAAUAAAGAUGACGGAUCAUCAACAUCGUCAUUAUCCUCGGCAUGUCCGCAAUGUCAAGUUACAUUUAACGCUUGGCACGAUUUAAUAAAUCACGUUUCUUCAAAACAUGGCCGUGUAAAGUUACCAAAAGUAUCCAAUACGUCUAAAGUAAAUAAGAACAACAAUAAUAAUAAUAAUAAUCAGGUUACUCCACCGAUAUAUAAAUGUACAAAGUGUUAUAAACGUUUUGCAACACGAGUUCGUCUUCAACAGCAUUAUUUAGUCCACGGCGCAGAAGAUCAGAAGCCGCUGCCGUGCAAUAUCUGUUGCAAAAGAUUUAUGAAUAAUUCGGCGCUUUCAUGUCAUUUGAAAACUCACCGACAGGACAAACAGUUGUUUGAGUGUCCGAUGUGCCGUAAAUUAUUUAACCAAGUUCUGAUGUUGAAGGAGCACAUUGAGACACACAGAGGCGAAGACGGUAUAUUUAGUUGUCCUCACUGUCCACGCACAUUCACCAAGUACUCGGUAAUAAGAAAACAUAUCAGAGCACACCAUUGCGAGCGGAAACACAAGUGUCAGGUUUGUUCAAAACCAUUUCCAACAAUAGAUAAAUUACGUAUGCACUUAUUGCGUCACUCGGAUCACAGGGAAUUUCACUGUGCUAAUUGUGGAAAACAAUUUAAACGCAAGGACAAAUUGAAGGAACAUAUGACAAGAAUGCACAAUGCACUGAAAAUAAAACGGGAUCAAUUGACAACACAGAGUAAUAAUAAUAAUAAUAAUAAUAAUAAUAAUAAUAAUAAUAAUAAUAAUAAUAAUAAUAAUAAUAAUAAUAAUAAUAAUAAUAAUAUUAAUAAAAAUAAUAAUAAUAAUAAUAAUAAUAAUAAUAGUAAUAUUGAUAAUAAUAAUAUUAAUGAUAAUAAUAAUAGUCAGGCGAAAAAAUUUAUACCAAAAGUAAAUCCGACGGAUUACAAUCGAUUUAUUUACAAGUGCCAUCAAUGCCUAGUGGGUUUCAAACGACGAGGUAUGCUUGUUAAUCAUUUGGCUAAACGGCAUCCUGAUGUUUCACCGGAUUCUAUUCCCGAGUUAAAUUUACCCAUUUUGCGACAAACUCGUGAUUAUUAUUGUCAGUACUGUGAUAAAGUUUACAAAAGUAGUAGUAAGAGAAAGGCUCACAUUAUGAAAAAUCAUCCUGGAGCAGAUUCGGGUUUGCACAACUCUACAUUCAGUCAAGCUGUUGGAAGUGUUUCGACAGUUCCGCAAAGUUGUCAGUGGUGUCAUAAACAGUAUGCCAGUAAAGCAAAAUUACUACAGCAUCAACGUAAGAAACACGCAGCAUUAUUAAAUCCAGCUGAUAAAAUUCCCCGUCCAAGAAAUCGUUCUUCAUCCCAACAAAAUAAUUCAUCAACACUUGAUGACAAUAAUUUUAUUAUGUCUGAUUAUAUACAAGGAUACGAUACUGAAGUCGAUUUUAUUAAACCUAAAAUCCUUAAAAUGUCUGAGGAUACUGAUUUUAUUGAUAAUGAAGAUGAUGAUGAUGAUGAGGGUGACGAUGGUGAUAAUCACAAUCUAGAGCUCGCUGGCGAACAAUUUAUUCGCAUUUGCGAUAUACGUUGAAAUAAUUACAAUAUUUCUACGUGA